AUGAAAUCCUUCAUGCUUUUCCUAAUGCUUGCCAUGCUAAUGGCUUCAGCCAUCACUACUCUUUCUGCAAUACCAGACGAAGAAGAAUCAUUCUUCAACGAGGAAAACAAUAAUGAUGCAAAUGACGAAACCAAAAGCCAGUUGGGAAAAAGUACUUCUCUGAGGGGAAUAAGCCGCUUCCUUGCCUCCCGGCCGCCUGCGAUGACUUGCGACAGAUACCCUAAGGUUUGUCGGGCGUCGGGCAGCGCAGGGCCAGAUUGCUGCAAGAAGAAAUGUGUCGACAGGAACACAGACAGGGCAAACUGUGGCAAGUGUGGGAGGAAAUGCAAGUACGCAGAGAUAUGCUGCAAAGGUAAGUGUGUGAAUCCGAGGUCGGACAAGAAAAACUGCGGGAGCUGCAACAACAAGUGCAAGAAAGGCAGCUCAUGUGCGUAUGGGAUGUGCAGCUAUGCAUGA